GCGCUUGGACCAUCACUUGGGCUAAUGCCUAAUGAAAAGAUCGUGUUGCUGGGCUUCCCUUUCAGAUGUGGGCCGGUCUAUAAGUCUUGUAGCAGAAACCUUAAACCCUCUCUGGCUUCUACUUACCUCUGUCAUCUGCUGCACAGCAGAAACCCAUAGCGAUUCUGGGAGUGGCUUCGCUCGACAAUCGAUUGCGAUCCUGUGGUAGCUCCGGCCAGUCGUGGAAUCGGGUUAUCCUUCGUUCUUGGGAGUGACAAGCUCAAGUUCUUCCGAUCGAAAAAUGCCAUUGGGUCUGAUAAUGGGGAUUGCAAGGGCAAUGAGGAGGAAGCGGCCGUCGUCGCUUGACAUUCUGUCCUCCAAACGGGCUCCGCGCAAUUACUACAAGGGCAAGAACUGCAAGCCUACUGGUUUCCAUACCCGUAAAGGUGUGGUUAUGUCAUCGUGCCGGAGAAGUUACCCAACUACGUAGUCCCUGAUUUAACUAACUUCAUGCUCAAACCAUAUGUAUCUCAGUGCCCAAUAGAAGUAAAACCAACAGAAGCUUGAUACCCAGCCAAAUAAAGGAGCUUGGCGAGCGAGAGGAGCUGAACAUCUUUCACUCAAGAUCUUUCAAUCGCCACAAGUUUGAUUUUUGAAUCAGUUUGCAGGGAGCAUAACAGUAAAGUUUGUGAUUCUCUUAGAAUGGUGAAAAUGAAAAUCAGUGCUUCUUUUCCUAUUAGUAUCCCUGGGCCAUGACUUUGUGUUAGUGCAUGAUGUUUACCUGGAAUAUCUUUGAUGUAGCCUUAAUUUAGACAAAGAUUCUUUUUUACUUGGUUGAAUGUUGAGAGUGCCCUGUCUCGUUAAACAUAUGUUUGUUUGGGGGACCUUGUAUGUUCGGAAUGCUACAGUCGCCUAUCUAUCGAAUUUCGUAUCA